AUGCCCAUAAUAAUUAAUAAAAAAAACCUAAGCCUUUUACCCACCCCACCUCCACUUUCCCCACUUCUGAUCUACACGACCAAAUCACCAUCACCACCUUCACACCUUCAGACCUCCACUUCGGCACCUGCUCCGACACUGCCGCCACCACCGCCUUCAUUCCUGCCACCACGACCACCAUCACGACCUUCACACCUCCACACCACCACCCCCAAAUCCCAACCGCCACCACCACAUUCACACCUCCAUCCCGGAACCUGCUCCGACACUGUCGCCACCGUCGUCGUCUCUACCAUCACGACCAAACCCUUCAAAGCAACAAGAAAAUUUGCAUUUGCAGGUCAAAAAAUGGCGAACAAAUCUGUUGUUGUUAUGUCGUCAUCGGUCACGUCACCGGAGAAGCCUUCGAAUCAAUUGACGCUGACGUUUCCGACUCCGAUUCAUGGAGUUUUUUUUUUCCAAAGUAGUGUUGAUGGGAAAACUAUAUACCACAAUGGUGUUUCUUAA